CCUUUUUCUUUUCCUUUUCCUUCUUCUCCUCAUUUCCGAAACAACGGCGCAAACACUCUGCGUUUUCCUCUCCUUCUCUACCUCUCUCUCUCCCCAUCUUCUUCACCUCUCUCUCUCUCUCUCUCUUCAAAACCCUUUUUACUCUGUGUUUGAAUUUUCAAGGGCAGGGAGAGAGAAACCCCAUCACUCCCCACUUCGCGAAUCACACACAGAAGAGUGUAGGGCUUUGCCUUCUUUUCUAUUUCUCUUCCCCUCUUUUUUCGACUCCUCAUUCUCCUUCUACCUGCCUAUACUAUAAGCUCUACAACUCAUCUCUCAAACAAGAUCUGAUUUCCUUUUUCUUUUCAUAUCUCUCAAUUCUCUCUUCAAUCGCUUCUUCCUCAUGCCUUGGCUUGCUUUUCUCUUGUAAUCCUGUUUUUUUCUCUUCAACAUAAAUUUCUGCUUUCUCUCCUGGCUUAAUCACUUACUCUGGGGAACAACACAUAUUCUGGGAUUCAUUGAUUCAUUCAUUUCGGUUUCUGUUUGCUGGGUUGGGUUUAAAUGGACGGAAGCUGGGAUGGAUUGGAUUAAUGGAUGAUGGGAGAUGGGAUUGCGUACCGUCUGACCUCUCUGCAUGGGCUGGAAUGCUAAGAUCUGAACCUGGAUGUGAAUGGAAUCUGAUGUAUUGGCGACUUCUUGCUUUUCCCUCUUCAGGAAAUGGGAAUUGGAGAUGCGUGUGUUGUUGUUAUAGUUGAGGCCAAGUGCGACCCCGUUAUCGGUAAGUCGUUGGGGUUUGAGUGUCUCGAUUUUUGGGCUUAAAUGGAUUGAAGAAUUUUGGGCUUUGGAUGCAAUGUUCAAGGCAUUGCCAUCUGGGUUUCUGAUUUUGUUAUUACUGGCAUCUGUUUCUGCUGCCGACAACGGAUUUUCGCGAUGUAAUUGUGAUGAUGAGGGUAGUUUAUGGAGCAUCGAGAGCAUUUUGGAGUGUCAGCGUGUGAGCGAUUUCUUGAUUGCUGUGGCCUACUUCUCCAUUCCUAUUGAGCUUCUCUAUUUCGUUAGUUGCUCCAAUGUACCCUUCAAAUGGGUUCUAUUUCAGUUCAUUGCCUUCAUUGUUCUAUGUGGAUUGACCCAUUUGCUCAAUGGCUGGACUUAUGGCCCCCACUCCUUCCAGUUAAUGCUAGCUCUCACUGUCUUCAAAAUCCUCACCGCUCUGGUUUCAUGUGCUACUGCUAUAACCCUCAUCACACUCAUUCCUUUGCUUCUCAAGGUGAAGGUGAGAGAGUUUAUGUUGAAGAAGAAGACAAGGGAUCUAGGAAGAGAAGUUGGAAUGAUAUUGAAGCAGAAAGAAGCUGGCUUACACGUUCGGAUGCUUACCCAAGAGAUCCGCAAAUCGCUCGAUCGACAUACGAUACUUUACACGACCAUGUUUGAGUUGUCUGAAACUUUGGGUUUGCACUACUGUGCAGUUUGGAUGCCCAAUGAGAACAAGACAGUGAUGAAUUUGACUCAUGAGCUGAAAGAUAGGAGCUUCUCAAAUGGAUACAACGUCUCUAUACCAAUAAGUGAUUCUGAUGUUAUUAAAAUCAAGGGCAGCGAUGGCGUUAACAUUCUUGGGCCUAAUUCAGCACUUGUUGUUGCUAACUGCGGUGAGUCUGAUGAACGGGGACCGGCAGCAGCGAUUAGGAUGCCGAUGCUUCGUGUUUCCAACUUUAAGGGAGGAACUCCUGAGAUAGUUCCGACUUACUAUGCAAUUUUGGUUUUAGUUCUCCCUGGUGGUCAACCUAGGUCUUGGAGUAACCAGGAACUUGAGAUAAUAAAGGUGGUUGCUGACCAGGUGGCCGUAGCUCUCUCCCAUGCCGCGCUUCUGGAGGAGUCCCAGCUUAUGAGAGAGAAACUGGCGGAGCAGAAUCGAGCACUGCAGCAGGCCAAGGAGAAUGCAUUGAUGGCAAGCCAAGCUAGAAACUCGUUCCAGAAGGUAAUGAGUGAUGGGAUGAGGAGACCUAUGCAUUCCAUCAUGGGUUUGCUUUCGAUGUUGCAGAAUGAGAGUAUGAACGAUGACCAAAGAAUUAUACUCGAUGCAAUGGUGAGAACUGGCAAUGUUGUAUCUACAUUGAUAGAUGAUGUUAUGGAAGACCCAAUUAAGGAUAGUGCAAGAUUUCCGUUGGAGUUGGAUAUGAGAUCCUUUAGGUUACAUUCAAUGAUAAAGGAGGCAGCUUGUCUUGCCAAGUGCUUGUGUGCAUAUAAGGGCUUUGGUUUUUCCUUUGAAGUUCAGAGGUCUUUGCCCGAUCAUGUCAUGGGCGAUGAAAGAAGGGUUUUUCAGGUGCUUUUGCAUAUGGUUGGUAGCCUAUUGUUAAAUGACAUCAACAACCAAGGAGGAGGAUACGCUUUGUUUCGGGUUGUGGCGGAGAGUGGAAGUCAGGGAAGGAAUGACCAAAGAUGGGGUAACUGGAGACAGAGCUCUUCUGAUGGGGAUGUGUUUAUCAGAUUUGAGGUUGGGAUAAACAAGAAUAAUUCUCAAUCGAAGGGCUCUAUACCGAAUGUGGUCUCCGGUGAUGGGAGAUACGCCAGUGACGGAGCCGAGGAACGCUUGAGCUUUACCAUCUGCAAGAAGCUUGUUAAGUUGAUGCAAGGGAAUAUAUGGGUAAUCCCUAAUCCUCAAGGAUUUACACGAAGCAUGGCACUGGUUCUUCGUUUUCAACUCCGGCCCUCCAUAGCAGUGGCCAUGCCCGAGACUGGCGAGUCGUUUGAGCAUCCACACUCCAACUCCAUCUUCAGAGGAUUGCAAGUUAUUUUAGCAGAUGGUGACGAUAUGAACAGAGCUGUAACACGAAAAAUGCUGGAGAAGUUGGGGUGCAACGUGAUCGCUGUUUGUUCUGGAUAUGAAUGUCUAACAGUGAUGGCACCGGGGGGUUCAUCAAUCCAAGUGGUGCUGUUGGAUCUUCAUAUGUCAGAAUUAGAUGGUUUUGAAGUUGCAACGAGGAUCAGAAAGUUUAGAAGCCAGAAUCAGAGGCCAGUGAUCAUUGCAUUAACAGCAAGCGCGGGUGAAGACUGGGAGAGAUGCGUGCAGAUCGGGAUGAACGGCGUGAUUCGAAAACCAGUUCAGUUGGAAGGAAUCGCCCAUGAGAUACGUCGGGCAUUGGUGCAAGCAAACAAGGUUGUGUGAGGAGGGAGGAAGACGAAAUGUUUUAGUAUUAUUAUUAUGUUGAUAGAGGGAGAGAGUGAAAAUGGUAUAGAAUAGUUGUUGUUGGGGCCACUCUGUUUUGGUUAGGUUGCAAAGAAAUGGAACAAAUUGGAUGAAUGGAACCGAAUUUUCUUCUGAAUCUCAUAUACCCUUCUCCUUU